GGCAAAAGCAAAAGCUAAAAAGUAAUGUGGUAAAAGACCAAAAAAACGAAAAGUGUCCUGGCGUAAUAUGAUGUUGUAAAUUGAUAUAUAAUAAUUUCAAUUUCAAUCAAAAUUCAAAAAGCAAUUGUAAAAUCAAAUUUUGAUUAUCUGUGUGGAAUUGUAAACGUUGAGGAUGGUGGUGAAGGUGUACGGACCGGCAUACGCAUCGCCGAAACGAGUCCUGCUUUGUCUUGUCGAGAAAGAAAUCGACUUCGAGACGGUUCCCGUCGACCUCAUCGCCGGCGAAAAUCUCACUCCGGAUUACCUCCAACUGCAGCCGUUUGGAUCUCUUCCGGUGAUUCAAGAUGGAGAUUACACUCUCUUUGAAUCAAGAGCCAUCAUCCGUUACUAUGCUGAAAAAUACAAGACUCAAGGAACCGACUUACUAGGAAAAACACUCGAAGACCAAGGUCUGGUGAACCAAUGGCUAGAAGUCGAGGCACACAAUUAUCACCCGCCACUUCUCAAUCUGGUGCUUCACAUUAUGUUUAGCCCGCAUUUUGGAAUAGUAAGAAACGAGCAAGUGAUCAACGAAAGUGAAGAGAAGCUCGUGAAAGUGUUGGACGUGUACGAGGAUCGGCUAUCAAAAAGCAAGUAUUUGGCUGGUGAUUUCUUUAGCUUAGCAGACCUUAGCCACAUUCCUUUUACAAGCUACUUGGUUGGUCCUGUGGGGAAGGAGUAUAUGAUCAAAGAAAGGAAACAUGUAAGUGCUUGGUGGGAUGAUAUUAGUAGCAGGCCUUCAUGGCUAAAGGUCCUUGAAAUCUGCAAGUAAUGGGGAUCCAUGUUAACUCAUGUUUGACUUGGUGUCUUAAUGUAUUUGGGUACUUGUUACUUUAUUUGUUGUUGACUUUAAGUUUGAAUAAUCGGGAUUCUUGUUGACCCAUGUUUGUUUAAAGAAUAAUUUGCUUGGCAUGCAA